AUGGCUCAACCGAAAUCAUCCAAGGGGGUUCCUCCCAAGGCCACUAAAUCGAAGAAGCAAGAUGAACUGACGGAAAAGCUUCGAAAAGUUGAAGACGCCGCUAAUAACGGGACAAUACCUAGUGCAGUAGUUAAGAGCCUGAAUAGGCAGGUCAACCUUUCGAAAACAGUCAAUGGCAAGCCAGCGGUAGAUCCACACUCGAAACCCCCCUUCGAACUCCCAGAGGGACAAUCUGUACCCGAAAGUUCCAGCGGCAAUAGUGCUAUCGAGCCUCAUAAUACACCAAUGGGAGAGGCUACUAACGAAGACAAAUCACAGCCAGCCGCUGCGAAUUCCGGCGGCCAUAGCUCUGUCGAGCCCACUGACACGCCUAUGGCAGAGGCUUCUAACAAGGAUACAUCGGAGCCACCCGUGAACGCUAUGCCUAGCUCUGUGGGUGAAAGUGCGAAAGAAGAAGACGGCAUACUCGUUAGCUUUCAGAAACUAUCGAUUGGAGGCAGCCAAUUUGGAGGAUAG